GCUGUUCGUGUGAACAAGCAGAUUCGGACGCGCAUGUUUGUCAUCUAUAGUCGCGCCAAUGGAGCCAUUCGAGAAAGAUUUGAACGGUCAGUACACUUUGCUCGAGACUAUCGGUUCGGGCGCUUUUGCCAAGGUAAAGCUUGCCAUCCACAUGCUGACGGAAGAGAAGGUUGCGAUAAAGAUAAUAGACAAAAGUUCCCUCGGAAAGGAUUUGGAUCGGGUGAAACUGGAAGUAGCAGCGUUGAAGGAUCUGGCUCACCAAAACAUCUGCAGACUCUACCAAGUGAUCGAGACUAGCUGCAGGAUAUACCUCGUCCUCGAGUACUGUCCCGGAGGUGAGCUCUUCGACUACGUCGUCCAACGUGGGCGGCUGAACGAAGACAAGGCGAGGCAUUUCUUCCGACAGAUAGUGUCUGCUGUAGCUUACGUCCACCGGCAGGGAUACGCGCACAGGGACCUGAAACCAGAGAACCUCCUCCUGGACGCGGACGACAACGUAAAGCUAAUAGAUUUUGGGCUGUGUGCGAAGCCUAAGGCUGGAAUGACCGCAAGCUUGAGAACGUGCUGCGGGAGCGCCGAGUACGCUGCACCUGAGCUCGUCGCCGGGCGAGAGUACAUUGGAUCCGCGGCUGACAUAUGGAGCAUGGGGGCCCUGCUGUACGUACUUCUGUGUGGCCGCCUUCCAUUCCACGCUGAUAACACGGCCGUCCUUUUCAGAAUGAUUCAAGCCGGCAAAUAUACGUGUCCUGAUUGGCUGUCUGAUAGAUCCGUAAACCUGCUCUCUCGGAUGAUGGCUGUCUCUCCCGAAAGGCGAAUCACAAUGACACAGCUCGUCAACCACCCGUGGCUCAUCGAAGGCUACGAAGGCCCAGUAAGCUUUGAGAGCAUUUGUUCAGGGUCUCCUCUCGAUGAUGAAGUGGUCGCUGAGUUGGCUGUCAGCUGCGGUCGCCCCAAGAAUUUCGUCACUGCCGAGAUUAAUCAGCGGAAGUGUGACUACAUGACCGCUACAUACCAGCUACUACUGGAGAAAAAGAACCGGGGAGGAAAAAUUCGGCUUUCGCUCCCGGCGCACAACCCUCAAACAACGUCGCCGAGCUCCCACGAUCGUGUGGUCAAGCAACCCGCCCCAAGGACGGUUUCUUCGAGGUCACCGCUGCGCAACUUUAUGGAACGCUGGCUGAGCGGUAGUACUCAACCACUGGCGCUGGUCAAGGACAUUGCCUACGGGACUAGCGUCCGUCUCCCUCUGCGAAAGUCUAAGGACUUGUGGGAGCCAUGCAUUGAAUUGCGAGGCGACGACAAGGUGAACCUCAACCAGCCUGACCUUCUGACACCCGCACGGACGACGCAAAAUGACAUGCAGGACAUGUUGGUGUGGCCGGAUGGUCAAGGCGAGCCACUCGGUGACAGCGCAUCGAUGGCCGUCGACAGUCUGCAAAAGGCAGAUGGCUCCAAUUGGCGACAAGGUCGGCAUAUCUCUCCACUCGGUGACAAGACGGCAGGAUCAUCGUCGCCACGUGUCGGCAGUUCGACCAAGUACGUGUUUAGCUCCAUAGAAAGAGGACUGGGCCGGAUGCGCCUGAUGAUGACGUCUUGCCACAGGUCGCGUUCCGAAUUCUCCAAGGUGCUCCAGAGCGGGCCUAGGAAAGUCGAGACGAUGCAGAACGUCUCUACCAUGCCAGCAACGCUCACUCCCGACCAAGUACUCGACUCCUUACGAGCCGCACUGCAGCGAAUAGGGAUCGUCUGCAAGCAAGAGCGCCACACUCUUUGGGGUAGAGUGCUCGACGACCGAGGCAAGGUGCAGCUAACCUUCGAACUCGAGGUCGUGAAGGUGCCGCAGCCCGGGCUAUUGGGAAUUAGUCGUAAGCGCCUGACCGGCGACGCCUGGCACUACAAACGCGUCUGCGAAGAAGUGCUUAAGAUUAGGGCCACGCUAAUAUAGCCUCCAUCACACCACG